AUGGGAGAAAGAUAUCAUGUAUAUAAACCGGUUAUAUCAAGACUAACAACUUGGAAUAAUUCAAAUCAUUUAACAAACGAUUCUGGCGUUUCAAGCAAUUCGUCUGAUUUUGCCUAUUACUCUGGAAAUAAUACCAACAAAUCAUCACAAAUGGGGGGUCGGAACGAUAUAGGACGUCAUGUAAUGAAAUAUCAGCUUAAAAAUCCUUUAACUGCUCUAUCAUCUUCACCGGAUCAAAAUCACGUUAUUGUAGCGGGUGGUUCAGUGUUGAAAAUUUUGAAUGUAUCUGAACGGGAAAUUACUGAGGAAUCCAAUCUCAAUAUUAGACAUGGCAAUAGAAAUAAUAAUAUUACCGAUGUUAAGUGGGGUAAUUCUUACACAAAGAAUAAAGUAGCAACCGCUGCAACAACUGGUUCAAUUUCUAUGUGGGAUGUUGGAAAUGGUCAGCCCAGGAAUGAAAUAAAAAUAGGUGCUCAUAGUCGUGUUGUGAAUAGAGUAUGUUUUCAUCCAAGGCAAGGUGAUUGUCUUUUAAGUGCGUCACAUGACGGCACAAUUAAAUUAUGGGAUCUGAGGGACUCGAAUCCAACGGCAACCAUUACAUUUGAAGGCAAAUGUGAAAGUGUUCGUGAUGUGCAAUUUAAUCCAGGAUUUAAAUGGGAUCUAAGAAAAUCAAAUAUUUAUGAACGCAGACUUAAUGCACAUGUGGGACCAGUUCUUGCGAUUGACUGGCAUUCUGAUGGGAGAACGAUUGCUAGUGGUGGACGAGACAGGAGUAUUAAAAUAUGGGAUAUGGGAGGUACAUUUAGUAUAAAACCAAAAGAGAAGAUUUAUAGUAUGUCUAGUGUAGCACGUGUCCAAUGGCGACCUAAUAAUCUAUCAGAAAUUGCUUCCUGUUCGCUACAAGGCGACAAUCGAAUUUUUGUGUGGAAUAUCAAAAGGCCUUACAUUGCGAGUUUCUUCUUUGAAGAGCAUGUGGAUGUUCCAACUGGAUUUUUAUGGCAUGAACCUGAUGUACUUUGGUCUUGCUCCAAGGAUAGAUUUUUUAUUCAGCAAGACAUUAGGGAUUCUCACCGUCAGUUAGAUUUGUUAAGUAAAUGCGCAAUUGGUUGGAGCGUCUAUGAUAAUAUUGCGUUUGCAAUUGAGAAAUCCAACGACCCACAUUCCGAAGAACAUCAGUUUCGUUUGAUAAAACGACCUUCUAACAUUAUUGAACCUCCUCGUAGUGAAGAUCACUAUCAGUUACAACAAAAAACAGGCACUAUAUCACUUCCAACGUUUGACCCCAAUUCUUUUUCGCAUCUUGCUAGAAAUUAUAUUUCUUCUGGUGCAGACAUUUGGGCUAUGUGUGACCAUAAUGCCAAGAUCGCUUGGGAUGUGCAAAGAUACCGAACUGCCCAGACAUGGAAAAUUGUCCAGCUAUUAUACGGAAAGAAAGCAUCAUCUGAAAUGGACAAGACAGAAUCUAACAAAGAUAAAGGAGGAUCAGAGGAAUCCUCUUUGAAGGAUAAAGAUUUAUUAUCAUCAGCUACUCAUUCCAAAUCACCAAGCGAAACAAAAGACACUGAUUCUUUGAAGGAUCCUGAUAAUGAUGAAGAUCUUUACACGUCGGAUCCUGAAUCAUCAUCUGGAUCCGAAUCUGAUGAAAAGCCUUGUCCUAAGUGUAAACGUGCACAAACUCCAGCUUCGAUUGCAAACACGAUUGUUCUGCCAACAUUGAAUCGUACUACAUGGGACAAAGAACCAAUUAUGACACAACUACUUGAUUAUUAUGCAGAACAGGGUGAUGUACAAAUGUGUGUUACUUUGAUAUUGGUUCUUGGAGAUAAACUUAAGAUAAGUGAAGAAAGAGCAAAACAAUGGUUUUUUUCAUAUAUUGAUCUUUUGCACCGGUUUCAACUUUGGUGCGCUGCCACUUCUGUGAUAAAAUAUUGUAAUAAUACGGCUGUUGGAGAGCUAAACCAGCCUUUAAAUGAUGCAAAAAAUGAAUAUUGGUUGUGUGCAAAAUGCAAAAGGCUAAAUCUAUGCUCUUUGUGCCAUGUUACAGUAAAAGGAUUAUAUACUUGGUGUCAAGGUUGUAGUCAUGGAGGUCAUCAUUCUCAUAUGCAAGAUUGGUUUAGUUGUAAUGAAGAAUGCCCAACUGGUUGUGGUCAUAAAUGUUUAACUUUUCUUGUUUAA